GAGAGAAAGAGAGAGAGAGAUGUUGACAAUAGUAGCGCUCGUCUUAAUUUUCCUUCUCUCAGUUUUCUUGCUGCAAAAACGCAGUGCUCCCAAGGCAAUGGACAACAUCCCGGGGACUUUGGGAUGGCCCAUUGUCGGGGAGAGCUUCUCGUUCCUCGCCACCUUCUCAAGCCCGGCCGGCAUCUUCAGCUUCAUGCAAGAGAGACAGAAAAGGUACGGCAAGGUGUUCAAGAGUUAUGUGUUGGGGAGAUAUACCGUGUUCAUGACGGGGAGAGAAGCGAGCAAGAUUCUACUGACAGGGAAAGAUGGGCUAGUGAGCCUCAAUCUCUUCUACACAGGGAAGCAAGUUCUUGGCCCUACAAGCUUGCUUACACAGAGCGGAGAAAUGCACAAGAGGCUACGACGACUCAUAGGGGAGCCCCUCUCAAUGGAUGCUCUCAGAAAGUAUUUCCCAUUCAUCAAUGCGUUGGCCGUGGAGACCUUAGAUCAUUGGUCCAACCAAAAAGUUCUAGUUCUUGAAGAGGCUUCAACGUUCACAUUGAAGGUGAUCGGCCACAUGAUCAUGAGCUUGGAGCCUACAGGCGAGGAACAAGAAAAGUUCCGGUCCAACUUCAAAAUAAUAUCUUCUUGUUUCGCCUCUUUGCCAUUUAAGAUCCCAGGAACUGCUUUUUAUCGAGGCAUCAAGGCCCGUGAUAGGAUGUAUGUGAUGUUAGAUGCUGCGAUUGCCCAACGUAGAAAGGGAGAAGGCUUCCAGCAGGAUUUCCUAGGAUCCCUGUUGAAGAAGCAUAGCAAAGAAGGCUCCGAGGCAGACGACGACAAGGAUGACAAUAAGCUUACUGACAAACAAUUGAAGGAUAACAUAUUGACACUGCUGGUUGCAGGCCAUGACACCACUACAGCUGCUUUGACAUGGCUUAUCAAGUUUCUUGCAGAGAACCCUGCAGUAUUAGAACGUCUCAGAGAAGAACAUCAGCAGAUUGAAAGCAGCAGGGAAGACGGAUCGAACCUUACCUGGUCAGAAGUGAACAAUAUGCCGUACACUGCAAAAGUCAUCAGUGAAACUCUUAGAAGAGCAACAAUUUUACCAUGGUAUUCAAGAAAAGCUGCACAAGACUUCGAUAUUGAUGGAUAUAAAAUCGAAAAAGGUUGGUCUGUCAACUUGGAUGUUGUAUCCAUCCACCAUGAUCCUGAGAUCUUUCCCGAUCCAGAGAAGUUCAAUCCUUCCAGAUUCGAUGAGCCACUGAGACCUUAUAGUUUUCUUGGAUUUGGAAAUGGACCACGUAUGUGCCCUGGAAUCAACCUUGCCAAAUUGGAAAUUUGUGUUUUCAUCCAUCAUCUGGUCUGCCGAUACAGGUGGCAGCCCUUAGAGAGGGAUGAUUCAGUCCAGCCAACGCUCGUGCGGAUGCCUAAAAACAAGUAUCCUGUCAUGGUAGAGCCUCUAUAGACAAGACCACAACAUUGCUACGGCUCGAUUUCCAUCAAUAAAAGUCAAUUGUAAUCUGCUGCUAUACUCAAUAUGGUUAGGCCUGGUUGGAAGUCUAAAGCAUGCAAGAUCCACUCAGGAAAUUUCAUAGAAUCUAAAAACAUCGUUCUUUAACUUUUCACAAUCUAUCGCUACUCCACCGCCAAUUGAGUUACUUUCUGUUCAAUGCAUGCAAUGGGAAAAGAGCAACUUGGGCUUCUACAGCUAAACAGAUGAUAGAAAGUAAGCGAAAAGGCAUAUUAUCUCACAAGAAUAAUGUAAUGUUAGACCAACAUAUAUGAUUACAUUGAUCAUAAAAGGUGCAAAGUUUCAGUUUUU